AUGUCUCAAAAACCUUUAAUAGUUGUAAGCGGAGCAACUGGUGCUCAAGGUGGAUCCGUUGCUAACUCACUUCUGGCUACGGGAAAUUACAGAGUUCGAGCAUUAACUCGUAACCCGGAUUCAGAUAAAGCGAAAGCAUUGGCAUCUAAGGGAGCUGAAGUAUUUAAAUGUAAUUUAUCUAUCAGGGAGGAUGUUAAGAAUGCUUUGAGUGGUGCUGAUAUUGCUUGGAUUGUUACUAAUUUCUGGGAUCCAUCAAUUUAUGGUAAAGAUGUUAAUGAAGAAGAAAGGCAAGGUAAAAUGAUUUCCGAUAUCGCUAAGGAGGAAGGUGUUAAUUGGUUAAUCUAUAGUCAUGUAGAACAAUACAUUAGAACAUCAGGAAUUCCGAAUAUGACAUUUGCCUAUCUUGGCUUUUACAACCAAAAUAUUGGAGCUAAUACGAUUUUGAUUCCGAAUGAAAAUGAUGAAGUUGAACUUGCUAUUUCUUAUCUUGAAGAAAAUGAUCAGCUUCCCAUGAUCGAUGUCGAUGGCGAUACUGGACCUAUUGUUGCAAAAAUUAUUGAGGAAGGCCCAGAUAAAUGGAACGGUAAAAGAGUUCCUGUUGCUGCUGAGUUCCUUACCAUGAAACAAAUCGUUGAUAUAUUGACCAAAGUUACCGGAAAAAAACAUAAAUUAAAAACUAUGGGCGAUGAUGAUAUCGCAAAAUUAGAUGCAUAUGUAAACAAUGAACAAAUGAAGCAAAUGUUUAAAUUUAUUAAAGAAUUUGGAGUUUUUGGAAAGAGUGGUGAACUUCGAGAUAUUUCUAUUACCAAGAAACUUCAUCCAAACAUUAAAACCUUUGAGCAAUAUGCACUUGAAACUUUCGGAAAAGCAAAAUAA